GACUCCGCUCCCUCCAAAAUCGCGCGUACAUUGGCAACAUUGUUUUUUGGUAGUUUACAAAUAAAAUGGCCGAUAUGUGAGGCUAGUUUGUAUGGACAAUAAAAUAUGCAAUUAUGUAAAAUUAAUGACCGUCGGCUGUGCGUGCGUCCAAGUCAAAACGUAGCUCCGUGAGCGCGAAACGCGGAAAAAGUGCGCGGAGCACGAGUGAGAGUGUGGGAGCGCCGCGGGAGGAAGGUGGAGGUUGUCUUUGAAGACCCGUGCCGUGGACGCCGCGGGCCUGAAAGACCGAAACGAGGAAAUCACUUAUGGUCUCCAACACACACAGAAGAGCCGUGCGGCGUGCUUCUGUCUAUUGGUGUACAGUGGCGCGCGACAACGGUACGAAAGCAACUCCUAGAGAUUCGCGGAAGCACGUUUUGAAAAGAGAAAACGGCGGGGCUUGAUCGCUUUCCUCCGAUAUUCUCGACGUACGGCUCGCACCGCGGCUCGCACAACCCCCCAACGUCGUGUCGGCUCGGCUCGGGUCCCGGGGCACGCAUCGCGAUCCCGAGAUCGGCGUAAACGCCUCGGGAGCACAUUGCACACUUUUGUGACGUGAGUAGCGGGAUAAUUUUGCUGGAUUAACAUCACUUUGCAGCCCCGUUGUUGCCCGUGUAUCCAGAGUGAGCCGGGGGGGCGGCCUCGCGGAUUUACAGCGAGCGGAUACUCAAGCUCGCUGUAUAGCGUCUCCUGUGUCGACCUGUGACGGCCGCUCUUGGAGCACAGAUAUGACACCCGUGUUUUACUCCCAAGGCCGAGAUACUGGAGCGUGACGGGUACGUUUACUUGGAACCUCUCAAAAUAUUUCCCACGGAUCAGUUUGUUAUAGUGGAAAGGGCUGGCGCGGAAAAUGCAUUGACAGACACGGAACAACGCACGAGUGCCGCGUCCAGCCAGACCAACCCAUCCAUCACAAACCUCACGAAUAUGUGCACCACUCCUGGGAAUGCAGGCGCAGGAUUCGGGUAUACUUGGUCCUUCGGUGGGCCGGGGACGGAGACCCGAGAGAAUGCCCAGAGCGAACUCGCCACCAACAUCAGUUACGCCGUCAACAACAAUCAAGAUCAGGGUUCCAGUCAAAAGAUACAGGUCGACAUCAAGCCGGCCAAGGUUACCGCUACCACCCAUCGUCGUCCGAUGUUUGCGAUGAACGAGAGUUGUCAGCAAACACCUACUACGCAUCAUGGCCAUACGGGCGGAGCGCAUAAUCAAACGACCCACGGCACUCACGUUCGCACCAAGAAGCAUCACGACGUAUUUUCAUUGACCUGUGACAAAGGGGGAUGUAAUUGCGACGCGGCGCAUCCUACACCCCCACCUUCCUUAUUCUCAAACACCUUAGUUUUUACCACAGCUGACAAGCACGCCAUGAGUAAGCACUUCAUGACACCGCUCGGACCGUUGCAGCUUACGGCAGAGGAGUGCAAUGAGAUCCUGAUGAAGAGAGCAGCCGCCGCGUCUAAUCAGUCCACUGCGGCGAAUAACGUUGCGACGAGUCAAACGGACAAUACUGCCCAUUUCGGGCACGUUUUGACCCAUGUGAAUACAACGCAAAUCGAGUCGAAAGUCAAACAGCAGCAGGACAUGGGUAGUCAGGUCCGUGUACCGAAGGAACGGCCGUACUCCUGUUCAGAAUGCGGGAAAUCCUUUCUCCUGAAGCAUCAUCUUACGACGCACGCGAGAGUACAUACUGGAGAACGGCCGCACAUUUGCAUUCAUUGCGGCAAGAGUUUUGCGCACAAACAUUGUCUUCAUACGCAUCUGCUGUUGCACAGCGCCGAGAGACCGUAUCAAUGUCGCGAAUGUAAAAAAUCUUUUACCCUGAAGCAUCAUCUUGUAACACACACUCGCGUGCAUACGCGGGAGCGGCCGUUUGUCUGUCAAGAAUGCGGAAGAGCAUUUCCUCUGAAACGUCACUUGGUGACGCACAGUAAGUUCCACUCGGGGGAGAGACCUUACGUCUGCGAGGAGUGCGGGGAGUCGUUUUCGCAAAAGGAUCAUCUCACGAUGCAUUCACGCUUCCACGGCAGCCUACAUCCAUUUGUUUGCCAUGACUGCGGUGCAACUUUCCAAAGGAAGUUUGAGCUAGUCAAUCAUGGCCGGCUACAUGGCAGAGUUCCACAUUCGUGUACCGUCUGCGGAAAGGAAUUUCUGCAGAAGAGAACACUUUUAGCUCAUAUGCGUUUACAUACGGGUGAGACACCCUUCGCUUGUACCGUUUGUGGAGAAGCAUUCCCUCGGAAAGCAGACCUGGUCGCUCAUUCUAAGAUUCACAAUAACAAUGCAAAUACUGAUGAAAAAUCCCUUACAUGCAGAGAAUGUGGGCUGGACUUCCCAAAUCGAGAAGCUCUAAAUUUGCAUCAAAGGUUACAUACUGGUGAUCGAACACUCGUAACGGACCUUUGUGGAUUAGCAGCUGCCUUUCAGCAAACUCCAGCACAUUUCCUUACUCCAAACACUCCAGGAACACAUCAGGUAACGAUUAUGAACGGACCGAUUGGAACGCCUGGUGUCAGUCAUAUGCAUGGCGCGACACAAACAUCGCCGCCAGUAGGUACAGGACCAAAACCUAAGCCACACAUUUGUCCUGAUUGCGGCCGCGGUUUCGCACAAAAACACGGCUUGUCGCAGCAUCAACGACGUCACACGGAUGGCAGUUGCCAUAUAAGAUCACACGUAUGCGACAAAUGCGGCAAAGCCUUCUUCCAAAAGAAUCAUUUGUUAUUACAUCAACGUCAGCAUAUGGAUCCGCCACCAAGUAUACUUAGACAACAACAAAGACAAGCUGCCCAAGCUGCGGCUCAGCAAGCGCAACAGCAACAGCAGCAGCAAGCGCAGCAGCAGCAGCAACAAGUUCAGCAGCAGCAGCAGCAAGUACAACAAGUGCAACAGCAGCAGCAGCAGCAACCACAACAACAACAGCAAACGUGUACCGUCGAUACGAAAACGAUUCAACUACAGGCAAUACAGCAGCAGGUGCAGCAACAGGUGCAACAACAGGUGCAACAGCAACAACAGCAGCAGCAACAGCAGCAGCAGCAACAACAGCAGCAGCAGACGCAGCAACAGCAAGCAUGUUCCGUGGACGCUAAAGCAAUACAGUUGAACGUCACCAUGUGAGACGGUAUAAAGAUGAGGGACUGGAGAGUCCUUGAAACGAUAGCACUCCCAAAUGCGCACCCUGCUGCCACCCUCUACACGCACUUCUCUUGUACUAACAAUAUACGUUAGAUAUAUAUUUAUUAUCUCUAGAUUCAAAAAUAAUAAUCAAUUUUAUUACAAGGAUAGAAAUAUACAAAGAAUAUACAUAUAUACACUAUAUUCUAAUUAAUAUAAGGCUUGUAACAAGGAAAUAAAAGUAAUCAUAUAUUAGUGUUUUACAUAUACUUUAUAAAUAUACAAAUAUAAAAAUAUAUAAAUAUAUAAAUAUAUAAAUAUAUACUCUAGACAUGUAAAAUGAGACUAAACAAAUUAGUUGCCUUAAUGAGAAGAAGAAUUUUAAUGAACAUUAACUAUUAUGUUUGGUGAUUUUUUCAGUUGCUUUUAUUUAGUAGGACAUCACUUUAUAAGAAAACACGUAUUGAAUAAAUCAAGAUAAAAACAUAAGUUCGCCGUGUAUCGCUGCUUUGUUGUUAUCCUUCUCAAUGUAAUUUGUGCGAUCAACUAAACUAACUGAAGUAACUGAAAGAAGAUAAUUGAUGUAUCAACAGUGUAAGAUGGUAACAGAAAGUGGGAGAUUCUGUAAACGCGUUUUGGCGAAGAGAAAGAGGGUGGCAGACAUUGCGCAUUUAUGAAGCAUUUUUGAAGCUUAGAUCUAUACAAGAUAGCAUUUUAGCCCCGCGCAAUUUAUAUUUUUACGUUAAACGAUACGAGCAAGAUGUUCGUUAAAUUUUAGAAAUACGUAAGAAUCCCGGUUUUAUAAGAUCCAAAUAUCAAUAAAUGGAUGUAAAUGUUUUUCGUGAGGAAUUAACGCGAUGUAUGGACGCUAUAUACGAAAAAAAAUCUUAACGUUAUAUAUACAAAAAUUAAUGCAUAUAUUAGUUUUACAUCAGUAAAGUUAUAAAAGUUAUAUAAGAUUAAUACAUAUACAUUCUGAGCGUGUAUUAAUCUUUUUAUACGUGCACUUCGCGUUUAGAAUCCCAAGAAGCUUUUCCACGUGCUUAAUUGUCGUUUUCGAUUAAAUUAAAUUUUCUCCGUAAUAACAAAGUGCGCGUCGCGUGCAGUUUCGUGUGAGAUUGCUUAGCGGGCUCUUUUAAUAAAACGCAAAUUUAAUUUUUGUCAGCAAGAGUAUAUUAACUAAUAGUAUAGCUAUAGAAAAUCGGAAGAAAUACGAAUAAAGGUUUCCUACAUAGUUUU